AUGUUAAUGGAAAGUAACGCAAAUUUUCCUAAUAAUUUCGAUGAUUUUGAUCCAGUUUUAUUAUACGCAGAGUCAAUUGAAGGAUCGUCACAAGAAUUAGUUACAGUUUCGAAGCAAAGUGCAAAAGCGUACCUAGUAAGAGAAGGCUUGUUGAACCGAGAAGAUUUAAAUAGACCUUUAGUAUUAUACGUUGGUGAAUUGGAAUAUAAUAAAGGGUUACAAUUCUUUAAAGCCGCAGCCGACUUCUUGGUGGAAAUGGAUGCAAAAUUUAUCAUCAUGGGAAAGAAUAGUAAUUAUCCUUUAGAAAUCUUAAAUAAAUUAUCCGAAAACGCACCUAAUCAUGUUAUCAUAAUAGAUAAUUUAGAAUUUCAAAAAGAGUGGGGUAUAUUGUAUAGGGUUGCUUCUGAUAUCUUUUUUAUGCCAAGUUUCAUGGAAAGUUUUGGUUUAUUUGCCGCAGAAGGGUUAUUGUUUGGUACGCCUGUGGUUAGCAAUUGUGUUGGUGAUUUAAAAGAAUUUUUAGUUAAUAAAGCUAAAAACGAUGAUAAUUUUAAAAUUGAUUAUAACUCUUAUCUAUUUGAAUUGGUUGAUAAUCAAAUGAUUGGUUUGUCGAUAGACAAUAUGAAGUUGGCUUUAUUAGAAGCAAUUAAUGAUUGGAAAAGGAUGAGCAAAGAUAUCAGAGUAAAAGAAAUCUUCUUGAGAAAAUUAAUUAAAGAUGCUUUUAAACUAAGUUGGAAUCGUUUUGAAGGUCCUGUUGAACAAUAUUUAAAAGUUUAUAGAAAAGCAAUGUUGCAGGUUCGAGAUAAAUUAGAAGAAGGAUUAAAUGAUUGA